UAACGAGCGGCCCGGAAGAAAUCAAAUCAGUGGGUCGUGCUUACCACAUGAAGAUGGCGGAGGAAGAUUCGGACUCCAUGCAUUGUCAUGGGGCUGCGCCGAGCAUUUCGACAACCGGAGAGGCCGAGCAAGAAAGCAAGAAGCAACAAGAAUAAGAGAGAGGCCACACGUCCCCUCUCUGAUUUCUUCUUCUUCUUCUUCUCGGCGAGAGAGAGAGCCCUAGAUUCUCUCCGAUUGUGGCUAAAAUGGCGGAACCGGAGGAUGCAAAGACGGCAUCGGCUAACAAGGCACCAAUUCCACAUUAUAUGAAGGCGAUAUCGGGCUCCCUCGGAGGAAUCGUGGAGGCGUCAUGUCUGCAACCCAUCGACGUCAUCAAGACGCGUCUGCAGCUCGACCGCGGCGGCGCUUACAAGGGUAUCGUCCACUGCGGCUCCACGGUGGCGCGAACGGAGGGAGUUCGCGCGCUCUGGAAGGGCUUGACGCCGUUCGCUACUCAUCUAACUCUCAAAUACGCCCUUCGGAUGGGAUCCAACGCCGUCUUCCAGUCCGCUUUCAAGGACUCCGAGACCGGCAAGCUCAGCAACCGCGGCCGUCUUCUCUCUGGGUUUGGCGCCGGCGUCCUCGAGGCUCUCGCCAUUGUCACGCCGUUUGAGGUGGUGAAAAUUAGACUUCAGCAACAAAAAGGAUUAAGCCUUGGCCUCUUGAAGUACAAGGGACCCAUACACUGUGCCCGAACAAUCGUUAGAGAAGAAGGAGUGCUUGGCCUCUGGGCAGGAGCUGCUCCAACCGUUAUGCGCAAUGGCACGAACCAAGCAGCCAUGUUCACAGCCAAGAAUGCAUUUGACGUCCUCCUAUGGCACAAACACGAAGGAGAUGGGAAAGUGUUGCAGCCGUGGCAGUCAAUGAUCUCAGGCUUCUUGGCAGGCACAGCUGGUCCAAUCUGCACAGGACCAUUCGACGUGGUCAAGACGAGGCUGAUGGCUCAGAGUCGAGAUGGGGAAGGAGGGUUGAAAUAUAGAGGGAUGGUCCAUGCGAUAAGGACAAUAUACGCAGAGGAAGGGGUAUUGGCGCUGUGGAAAGGGCUUUUGCCGCGGCUAAUGAGGAUUCCACCGGGACAAGCCAUCAUGUGGGCCGUGGCUGAUCAGAUCAUUGGCCUUUACGAGAACCGAUACCUUCAUAAUGCUCCUAUUUGAUCUCUUCUCGAUUUGUAGUUUUUUUUUUGGUUUAAUUCCUUUUCUUUUUUGUCCCGAUUUAAUGGCCGGGCGCAAGCUUGGGAACUUGUUUGUUCUCCUCCUUUUGGGAAGGUUGAAUUUUUGAAAGAA